GGACCACAGAGAGAAUCAUCCAGCUUGGUUUGGUCGGGGUACGAUUUCUCUCUCUACAAUUAUUCGUAGAAGAGAGAGAGAGAGAGCAGAACAUCAAUGGCGGCAGUUCCAGCUGCACCACUUGCUGUGAACGGAGCAGUGAAAACGGCAGUAACAUCACAGGCAUAUAUGGAGAGCAACCGAGUGAAAGAAACGAAGAAUUUGAUUUCAGAGCUAUGCCGUCAAUUCUACAACCUCGGAUGGGUUUCUGGUACAGGUGGUAGCAUCACCAUCAAGGUCCACGAUGACUCCAUCCCUAAACCCCAACAGCUCAUCAUCAUGUCCCCUUCUGGUGUGCAAAAGGAAAGAAUGGUGCCAGACGAUAUGUAUCUGCUAUCGCCAACUGGGUCUGUAUUGUCUUCUCCUCUGCCGAAGCCAUACCCGCAUAAGCCUCCCAAGUGUUCUGAUUGUGCUCCUCUGUUUAUGAAGGCAUAUGAUAUGCGUAAUGCUGGUGCUGUUAUUCACAGUCAUGGGAUGGAAUCCUGUCUUGUAACAAUGCUCAAUCCAUUGUCAAAAGAGUUUCGGAUCACUCACAUGGAAAUGAUCAAAGGAAUUCAAGGACAUGGUUAUUAUGACGAGCUUGUGGUCCCCAUAAUAGAGAACACUGCUCAUGAGCGGGAACUUACAGCAUCUCUUACUGAAGCCAUUGAAGCCUACCCAAAAACAACAGCUGUGCUGGUACGGAACCAUGGGAUAUACGUAUGGGGGGAUUCUUGGAUCAGUGCUAAAACUCAGGCUGAAUGUUAUCACUAUCUCUUUGAUGCUGCCAUCAAACUUCACCAAUUGGGCCUGGACUGGUCUACUCCUAGUCAUGGUCCCACUCAUAGUUUCGGAGGAGGUGAUCGAAAUAUUAGCCUCUCUGCAAAGGCAAAACUUAUUUCGAAUAAUGAUAUUGAGCCAUCACGGCAUUGCAUUGUUCUGGAUAUCGAGGGGACCACAACACCUAUAUCUUUUGUAGCUGAUGUUCUCUUUCCAUAUGCUCGUGAUAAUGUGGGGAGACAUUUAGAUGCAACAUAUGACACUGCAGAAACUCAAGAAGAUAUUAAGCUGUUGAGCUCUCAAGUACGGGAUGACUUAGAACAAGGAAUUGUUGGUGCUGUGCCCAUCCCAUCUGAUGAUGCAGGAAAAGGUGAGGUGAUUUCAGCUCUGGUUGCUAAUGUGGAAGCAAUGAUAAAAGCUGACAGGAAAAUUACUGCUCUGAAACAAUUGCAAGGUCAUAUAUGGCGGACUGGAUUUCAGAAUAACGAAUUAGAGGGUGUGGUUUUUGAUGAUGUACCUCAAGCUCUUGAGAAGUGGCAUGCUUUGGGCAUUAAGGUGUACAUAUAUUCAAGCGGCAGCAGGUUGGCACAAAGGCUUAUAUUUGGUAGCACAAAUUAUGGGGACCUGAGAAAAUACUUGUGUGGAUUUUUUGAUACUGCAGUGGGGAACAAGAGAGAAUCAAGAAGUUACAUUGAAAUUUCAGAGUCUGUGGGAGUGGAUAACCCCUCAGAGAUUCUAUUUGUGACUGAUGUCUUUCAAGAAGCUGUAGCUGCGAAGGCAGCAGGUUUGGAGGUGAUAAUUGCAAUCCGGGCAGGAAAUGGACCUCUCCCAGAGAAUCAUGGGUUUAAGACAAUCAAGUCUUUUUCAGAAAUCUAAGAUUCUAAGGUGGGCUGUAAUGCUUCUGUUAUCGUAAUGUAAUGAGACAUAGUUGUGAUAAUUAGAGUUUCUAAAUAAUUAAACGUCGUUGAAGCAAACUUGUGGGUGAUUUUCAGAUCAAAUGCUGCCCUUCCCUUUUGCUUGUUUUCUGAAGCUACUGCUGAUAGUAGGUACUAUCAGUAGAGUCUGCCCAUCAUUGAGCAGACGUUCCUAUCAAUGUACCCAUCAAUGGGCUAUCUUAAGUUAAGAUUCGUAUUGGGGUAGUGUUUGAAUUUAUUGAAUUCAUAUGCAGUUCAUUUUUUU